AUGAGUAUCAGUAAGAUUCAUAUAGUUAUGUUUCCUUACCUUGGAUUUGGUCACCUUAGUCCUUUUGUUCAAUUAUCCAACAGAUUAUUCUCUCAUGGAAUUCAAAUCUCAUUCUUGUCACCUUUAUCAAACAUUCCCAAAAUCAAAUCAUCCUUCAAUCUUAACCCUGCCAUCCAAAUCAUACCCCUUAACUUCCCAAAUAACAUACCUAGUAUCACUUCUGAAUUGCACCCUGACAUGUUUGGUGCACUCUUUCAAGCAAUAGACUUACUGCAAGAUCAGGUCAAAACCAUUUUGUUGAAACUAAAACCCCAUUUUGUUUUCUUUGAUUUUGUACAAAAUUGGCUACCAAAACUAGCUUCUGAACUUAGCAUAAAAUCUGUUUACUUCUCUGUCUAUUCUGCAAUUUGUAUCUCUUAUCUAUCUCCACAUUCAAGACUUUCUGUUGCUGAUAUUGAAAAAAGGGACCUCACUUAUGAGGACCUUAAACAUUCUCCAUUUGGUUUUCCUCAAAAAUCCAUAAUUUCUCUUCAAACCUUUCAAGCCAGAACUAUCUUCACCAUGAUGGUCCAAACAUUUGGUGACAAUCCAACUGUUUCUGAUAGAAUCGCGCAGGUACUUAGUGAGUGCUCGUUGAUAGUGUUGAAAAGUUGCAGGGAAAUAGAAGGUCCUUAUAUAGACUAUUAUCAAAACCAGGUUAAAAAACCAGUUCUUUUUUCUGGAGUACUUGUUCCAGAGCCAUCCAUGGAUGUGCUUGAUGAAAAGUGGACCAAAUGGUUAGAUAAUUUUCCAACACAGUCAGUCAUAUUGUGUUCCUUUGGCAGUGAAACAUUUCUAAGCGACGAUCAAAUCAACGAACUAGCAAUUGGGUUGGAGCUUACAAAUUUACCUUUCAUUUUGGUUUUGAAUUUUCCAUCAAAUCUCAAUACUGAGGUUGAGUUGGAAAGAGCUUUACCAAAAGGCUUCAUAGAGAGAGUGAAGAAUAGAGGAAUUGUGCAUAGUGGUUGGUUGCAGCAACAGCUUGUUUUGAAUCACUCAAGUGUAGGGUGUUAUGUGUGUCAUGCUGGUUUUAGUUCUGUGAUUGAAGCUAUAGUUAAUGAUUGUCAGUUGGUGCUGUUACCUUUCAAGGGUGACCAGUUUUUGAAUUCUAAGCUUAUUGCUGAUGAUUUGAAAGCAGGGGUGGAGGUGAAAAGGAAUGAUGAAGAUGGGUUUUUUCAGAAAGAGGAUCUGUUGGAGGCUGUGAAAACUGUUAUGGUGGAAGUUGAUAAAGAGCCUGGGAAAGAGAUAAGAGAGAAUCAUAUGAAAUGGAGAGAGUUUCUGUUGGAUAGGGAAAUUCAGAACAAAUUCAUCAUAGAUCUGGUUGAGCAGUUGAAGUGUUUGGCUUAG